AUGUCCUCAGCUGGAACCAGUGUACCUCCUCGCGGCGGUGUCGGCACUCAGUCCACACCAGCCAACAAUGUCGACAGUGGAAGUCCGCCAAAGAGCAGUAGCCAUGACUAUCAGAAGCAAGGCCAGCAGGGUUCAGGUUCAUCGCUUGAUCACCUCACCAAUCCCGGCCAAAAGGCCUUCUUUGGAAACUACUCUGGGCUGCAGGAACAGAAAGCAGCUGCAGAAGCUCAUGUUCAGGACCGAUAUGACGCUGUUGGCGAGAUUGAACAGAGAGAGACGAAUCCUGAUCCGAACUUUAUGUAUAAGAGGCCCGGCGAUAAUGGGACUUUGCCUGGAUGGGAGACGAUCAAGGGACUUGCGGGGCGAUGA